CACUAGGUUCAAAACGGUCCCCAAUCACCGUCUCGACACAAUGUUCCGCCAGACCCUGUCCUCUACUCGUGUCCUUGCCCGCAGCUUCCGGCCACAACUUAUUCAGCGGACAGCCUUUCUAUCUUUGCGCGGAUACGCCACGCGGAAAUACACCCCCGAGCACGAAUGGGUCUCUGUGGAUGCUAAUGGAGUCGGCACCGUAGGAAUCACCGAAUACGCUGCAAAAGCUCUCGGUGACGUAGUGUUUGUCGAAAUUCCCGAGGUUGGAACACCUGUUCUGCAGAAAGAGCAGUUGAGCGCUGUCGAGAGUGUGAAGGCUGCUAGCGAUGUAUAUGCGCCUUUGAGUGGGGAGGUGAUUGAAGUUAAUCAGGAGCUGGAGAGCGAGCCGAGCUUGAUCAACUCGAGUCCGUUCGAGAAAGGAUGGAUCGCUAAGAUCAAGCUUACGAAAAAGGAGGAGCUGGACGGUUUGCUGGAUGAGGCAGCGUAUGCUGAACAUAUCAAGGAAUAGAAGUGAUACGGGAGGGGGGGUAAUUAUAUGCCAUUGGAAACCAGUUCUUACCAAUACAUCUCGGUAAAUCAAUCCCAGUGUAACCUAACUCGUAGCUUUCUGGCAUAAUUUGUAACCUGCGUCGUAUCUUUCUGUCAUAAUUUGGGCCGCCAGGUCUAGCGUCAAAUUAUGAGAUCUGUUUUGAAGCGA